CUCAUUCCAAACAAAAGUCUUUAACCUCCAAUCCAUCUAAGGUCAUGAAUUCCAACACCAUUGCUCUUCUUCUCCUCUUCUCCUCCUCCUUCUUCUUCUUCUUCUUCACUCCCUCCCUCGCCGACACCCCACCAUUGGCCCCCGUCACCCCGACAACCGCAUGCAACUCCACACCUGACCCGAACUUCUGCAAGUCGGUCCUCCCGCCGCGAGGCGUCCAAAACCUCUACACUUAUGGCCGCUUCUCCCUCGCCAAAUCGCUCUUGAAUGCCCAGAAGUAUUUAAAUUUGAUCAACCGCUAUCUCGCUCGCCCCUCCACCCUCUCCCAGACCGCCAUCCGAGCACUGGAAGACUGCCAACUUUUAUCUCAGCUCAACAUCGACUUCUUGACCUCCGCCGGUGUUACAUUGAACUCCACUAAUAACCUGCUCGACCCUCAGGCUGACAAGCUUCAAACUUUCCUCUCAGCCCUCCUCACUAACCAGCAGACCUGCCUCGAUGGCAUCCAGGCCACCGCCUCGGCAUGGUCCGUCAAAAAUGGCCUCACCGUUCCCCUCUCCAAUGGAACCAAGCUCUACGGUGUCUCGUUAGCUCUCUUCACCAAGGCUUGGGUCCCAAAAAACAAGAAGACCAAGUUCCACCAUGCCUUCGUCCCUUCAAGAGUCCCGAAUUCCCGGCUCCUCCGAGGGAGGAGCUUAUUGUUCCAUGAAGUCGAGAUCGGCCGGGACGGGAGCUUACCGUUGAAAAUGUCGAACCCCAGCCGAGAGCUCUUUGAGGGCAGGACCGGCCGGAGGCUUCUCCAGGCGACGGACGCCGUCUUGGUUAAUGACAUUGUGGUGGUAAGCCAGGAUGGGAGUGGGAACUUUACCACCAUUGGUGACGCCGUGGAUUCGGCUCCUGAUAACUUGGAUGGAAGCAGCGGUUACUACCUGAUAUACGUGGAUGCUGGAGUCUAUGAAGAGUACGUGGUGAUUUCGAAGAAGAAGAAGUAUUUGAUGAUGAUCGGAGAUGGGAUUAACCAGACGGUGGUCACCGGCAACCAUAGCGUUGUUGAUGGGUGGACGACCUUCAACUCGGCAACCUUAGCUGUUGUUGGACAAGCAUUUGUGGCCAUAAACAUGACCUUCCAAAACACGGCCGGUGCCAUCAAACACCAAGCAGUCGCCGUCCGGAACGGCGCCGAUCUCUCCACCUUCUACAGCUGCAGCUUUGAAGGCUACCAAGACACCCUUUACACUCAUUCCAUGAGGCAAUUCUACAGAGAAUGUGACAUCUAUGGCACAGUAGACUACAUAUUUGGCAACGCAGCUGUUGUGUUCCAGAACUGCAACAUAUAUUCUAGGCUGCCCAUGCAAGGCCAGAGCAACACCAUCACAGCCCAAGGCCGGACCGACCCGAACCAGAACACCGGGACUACCGUCCAGGACUGCAACAUUCGUGCAGCAGCCGACCUUGCCGCCGAUAGAGGGUCGACGAUCACAUACCUUGGUAGGCCAUGGAAGAAUUACUCAAGGACGGUGAUCAUGGAGUCAUUCAUGGAUAGCUCAAUUGACCCCCGGGGUUGGAUGCCAUGGGAUGGAGACUUUGCACUGAGCACUCUGUACUACGCGGAGUUCAACAAUACUGGCCCUGGCUCGGACACCAGCAAUCGUGUUACAUGGCCGGGACUUCAUGUGAUCAAUAGCACCGACGCGAGCAAUUUCACGGUGAGCAACUUUAUUCUGGGGGAUAACUGGUUGCCUCAGACUGGAGUGCCAUAUUCCAGUGGAUUGCUUUGAAGCUUCAUAAUAUUUCAAUGUCAGCUGGAGUUCAAAGUUCUCAUCAGCAAUAAGUUGUAUCAAUACCCCAAGCAUUACUAAGUAUGGAUUGAUUUCAUCCAUUCAUUUGUAUCGUGCCAGUUGAAUAUAUAUAUAUAUAUUAAAUUUGAAGUUCAAAUGGUAGUUUUCUUCUUUAUAUU